CCCCAGCCCAGCCACCAUGCCCCGCAGAGGCAGCCAGCCCUCUACCGCCCGGCGCCGAGAGGAAGGGCCGCCGCGGUCCCCGGACGGCCCCGGCCGCGCCGCCAGCCCGGCCGCCGAGGCCGCAGAGACUCCAAGUGAGGAAAUUGAUAAUAGAAGUUUAGAAGAGAUUCUAAAUAGCAUCCCUCCUCCCCCACCUCCAGCAAUGACCAAUGAAGCUGGAGCUCCUCGGCUUAUGAUAACUCAUAUUGUAAACCAGAACUUCAAAUCCUAUGCUGGGGAAAAAAUUCUGGGCCCUUUUCAUAAGCGCUUUUCCUGUAUUAUUGGACCAAAUGGCAGUGGCAAAUCCAAUGUUAUUGAUUCUAUGCUUUUUGUGUUUGGCUAUCGAGCACAAAAAAUAAGAUCUAAAAAACUCUCGGUACUAAUACACAAUUCUGAUGAACACAAGGACAUUCAGAGUUGUACUGUAGAAGUUCAUUUUCAAAAGAUAAUUGAUAAGGAAGGGGAUGAUUAUGAAGUCAUUCCUGACAGUAACUUCUAUGUAUCCAGAACGGCCUACAGAGAUAAUACUUCUGUCUAUCACAUAAGUGGGAAGAAGAAGACAUUCAAGGAUGUUGGAAAUCUUCUUCGAAGCCAUGGAAUUGACUUGGACCACAAUAGAUUUUUAAUCUUACAGGGUGAAGUGGAACAAAUUGCUAUGAUGAAACCAAAAGGCCAGACUGAACACGAUGAGGGUAUGCUUGAAUAUUUAGAAGAUAUAAUUGGUUGUGGACGGCUAAAUGAACCCAUUAAAGUCCUAUGUCGGAGAGUUGAAAUAUUAAAUGAACACAGAGGAGAGAAGUUAAACAGAGUUAAGAUGGUGGAAAAGGAAAAGGACGCCUUAGAAGGAGAGAAAAACAUAGCCAUUGAAUUUCUUACCUUGGAAAAUGAAAUAUUUAGAAAAAAGAAUCACGUUUGUCAAUAUUACAUUUAUGAUCUGCAGAAACGAAUUGCUGAAAUGGAAACUCAAAAGGAAGAAAUUCAUGAAGAUACUAAAGAAAUUAAUGAAAAGAGCAAUAUACUCUCAAAUGAAAUGAAAGCUAAGAAUAAAGCUGUAAAAGAUGUAGAGAAGAAAUUGAAUAAAAUUACAAAAUUUAUUGAGGAGAACAAAGAAAAAUUUACACAGCUAGAUUUGGAAGAUGUUCAAGUUAGAGAAAAAUUAAAACAUGCUUCAAGUAAAGCCAAAAAACUGGAGAAACAACUUCAAAAAGAUAAAGAAAAGGUUCAAGAAUUUAAAAGUAUACCUGCCAAGAGUGAAAAUAUCAUAACUGAGACAACAACUAGAAGCAAUACCCUUGAAAAGGAAAAAGAGAAAGAAGAAGAAAAACUAAAGGAAGUUAUGGAUAGCCUUAAACAGGAAACACAAGGGCUUCAGAAAGAAAAGGAAAGUCGAGAAAAAGAACUUAUGGAUUUCAGCAAAUCAGUAAAUGAAGCACGUUCAAAGAUGGAUGUAGCCCAAUCAGAACUCGAUAUCUAUCUCAGUCGUCAUAAUACUGCAGUGUCUCAAUUAAGUAAGGCCAAGGAAGCUCUACUUGCAGCUUCUGAGACUCUCAAAGAAAGGAAAGCUGUAAUCGGAGAUAUAGAGGCAACACUCCCUCACACUGAACAUGAAUUGAAGGAGAAAGAAAAAGAACUUCAAAAACUUACAAAAGAAGAAAUAAAUGUCAAAAGUUUCGUUCAUGAUCUUUUCCGAAAGGUUGAAGAAGCAAAGAGUUCCUUAGCAAUGAAUCGAAGUAGGGGGAAAGUCCUUGAUGCAAUGAUUCAAGAAAAAAAAUCUGGCAGGAUUCCAGGAAUAUAUGGGCGAUUGGGGGACUUAGGAGCAAUUGAUGAAAAAUACGAUGUUGCUAUUUCAUCCUGUUGUCAUGCAUUAGACUACAUUGUUGUUGAGUCUAUUGAUACAGCCCAAGAAUGUGUAAACUUCCUUAAAAGACAAAAUAUUGGAGUUGCAACCUUUAUAGGCUUGGAUAAGAUGGCAGUGUGGGCAAAGAAAAUGACAAAAAUUCAAACUCCUGAAAAUACUCCUCGGUUAUUUGAUUUAGUAAAAGUAAAAGAUGAGAAAAUUCGCCAAGCAUUUUACUUUGCUUUACGGGAUACCUUAGUAGCUGACAACUUAGAUCAAGCCACAAGAGUAGCAUAUCAAAAAGAUAGAAGAUGGAGAGUGGUAACGUUACAAGGGCAAAUCAUAGAACAGUCAGGUACAAUGACUGGUGGUGGAAGCAAAGUAAUGAAAGGAAGGAUGGGUUCAUCAGUUGCUGUUGAAAUCUGUGAAGAAGAGGUAAAUAAAAUGGAAUCAGAGUUGCAGAGAGACUCUCAAAAAGCAGUGCAAAUUCAGGAACAGAAAGUACAACUGGAGGAAGCAGUAGUUAAGUUAAGGCAUAGUGAACGAGAAAUGAGGAAUACGCUAGAAAAGUUUACUGCAAGCAUCCAGCGUUUAUCAGAGCAAGAAGAAUAUUUGAAUGUCCAAGUUAAGGAACUUGAAGCUAAUGUACUUGCUACAGCCCCUGACAAAAAAAAGCAGAAAUUGCUAGAAGAAAAUGUUAGUACUUUCAAAACAGAAUAUGACAAUGUGGCUGAAAGAGCUGGGAAAGUAGAAGCUGAGGUUAAAAGGUUACACAAUAUCAUCGUAGAAAUUAAUAACCAUAAACUCAAAGCUCAGCAAGACAAACUUGAUAAAAUAAAUAAGCAAUUAGAUGAAUGUGCUUCUGCUAUUACUAAAGCCCAAGUAGCAAUCAAGACUGCUAACAGAAAUCUUAAAAAAGCGCAAGACUCUGUUCUUCGCACAGAGAAAGAAGUAAAAGAUACUGAGAAAGAAGUAGAUGACUUAACAGCAGAGCUAAAAAGUCUUGAGGACAAAGCAACAGAGGUCAUAAAGAAUACAAAUACUGCAGAGGAGUCCUUACCAGAGAUCCAGAAAGAACAUCGUAAUUUACUUCAAGAACUAAAAGUAAUUCAAGAAAAUGAACAUGCUCUUCAAAAAGAUGCACUUAGUAUUAAGUUGAAACUUGAACAAAUAGAUGGUCACAUUGCUGAACAUAAUUCUAAAAUAAAAUAUUGGCAAAAAGAGAUUUCAAAAAUAUCAUUGCAUCCUGUAGAAAAUAAUCCUGUUGAAGAGAUUUUGGUUCUAAGCCCAGAGGAUCUUGAAGCAAUCAAGAAUCCAGAUUCUAUAACAACUCAGAUUGCACUUUUGGAAGCCCAGUGUCAUGAAAUGAAGCCAAACCUUGGUGCCAUUGCAGAGUAUAAAAAGAAGGAAGAAUUAUAUUUACAACGAGUAGCAGAAUUGGACAAAAUUACUUGCGAAAGAGAUAAUUUUAGACAGGCAUAUGAAGAUCUUCGGAAGCAAAGGCUUAAUGAAUUCAUGGCAGGUUUUUAUAUAAUAACAAAUAAAUUAAAGGAAAAUUACCAAAUGCUUACUUUGGGAGGUGACGCUGAACUGGAGCUUGUAGACAGCUUGGAUCCUUUCUCUGAAGGAAUCAUGUUCAGUGUUCGACCACCUAAGAAAAGUUGGAAGAAGAUCUUCAACCUUUCAGGAGGAGAGAAAACGCUUAGUUCGUUGGCAUUAGUGUUUGCUCUUCACCACUACAAACCCACUCCCCUGUACUUCAUGGACGAGAUUGACGCAGCCCUUGAUUUUAAAAAUGUGUCCAUUGUUGCCUUUUAUAUAUAUGAACAAACAAAAAAUGCCCAGUUCAUAAUAAUUUCUCUUCGAAAUAAUAUGUUUGAGAUUUCAGAUAGACUUAUUGGAAUUUACAAGACAUACAAUAUAACAAAAAGUGUUGCAGUAAACCCAAAAGAAAUUGCAUCUAAAGGCCUUUGUUAAACUUGUUUAUAUUGGAUCCUCAAAUUGAA